GUUAGUGUUUUAGUUUUAAUCUUUGAUGAAAGAAAAAUAAUGAAAAAACAUGGCAGAAAACAUUCUAAACGUAAUGGAGUAAUUGAGAAACAUCACAGAAAUCCAAAUAACUUAGCACAAAAAUACUUAUCUGAAAAAGAGGACACUAAGAAGACAAACAUCAAAAGCACAGUGGAUACAACUUUACCAACAAAAAACGAUAUACUACUUGAUUCAGAUGAUGAAGGUUUUGGUGGUUGGUUAAGAUCAUCACAAGGCCAUGCAUUAUUACGUCUGUUUAUAAUCGGAAAUUCUAUUGUUAUAUUCUUAUCAGUUGCAUGGCCACAGAUGCAACAAGCAUUUGAAAUUAUAGAAUCUUUUAUAAAAGGAGGUGACGUCAUAUAAGAGACUUAAUAAGUAGAUUUACAUCGAGUGGUUAGAUUCUCAUCAGAGGGUAUAACUUCGAAAUUUAAUUUGUCUCCAAAAAUUAAACAUGCUGCAAUUCUUAUUCCGUGGAAUAGUCCUUGUUUCUGUAUUAUUUUGGUAUACAAUUUAUA